AUGGGUUGUGGGUCAUCCUCUUCAAACACUGCUGUAGUAGCUACAUCUAACAGCAACUUGAAGGUCAACGACCAAAUUACAACAAAAACUCAGUCAGAGAACAUCAAAGACCAGGAAAGAAAUCAGAUAGAUCGAUGUUCUGUUGAUAAAGAAAACUUCUCCACAGAUCAAAGUUCAAAAUUAAAAAAUCAGGAUAUAAUUCACACAAAUCAAACAUCAGACAUGUUUUCAGUCAACUGUCCAAAUCAAGGAGAGAAUGAAAAAGAGGUUAUCAAUGAAAAUGAGAAUCAAGAUAAAAACAAAAAGACAGAUACCACUGAAGAUGAGAAGGAGGCAGAGAAAACUAUGGAAGAAGACGUAGAUUCAGCAGGAAACAAAGAAAAAGUGAAAAAAGUACCACUGACUGAAGAAGAAAUACAAGAAAAAAUCCAAAAGACUUUUGCUGAUGCAAAACACACAUGGGGUCCUUUGCAGGACAAAAAUCUCCUCAUUGAUGCAGAAACAGGGAAAUGUAAUGCAACAUUCAGAAGAAUAGCCAACAACACAUUUUUAUAUCAUUUUAGAUUGAAAGGUUGUCCUUUACAUGUCCAGACAGAGUUUAAAAGUGAUUACUACCGCCUCAUGGUGGCAGAGGAUGCUGUAACAAAAUUCUGUGACAUGCUGGUCUAUAUUCUAAAGCAAGGAUACGAGGAAGAAGAUGGUGAGAUGGAUGCAGUGAUGUAUAAACCAUUGGUUAAUACAUUCGGGGUAUUAACUAAUUUUACAGACAAUCAGAUACAGAGGGCGGACAUUGUGGCAAAUCAUCCAGAAUUUCUCAACGUAAUUGCCGAGAAUUUAAAGGCAUGGACAGAGCCCCAUGUGUGUGGUGAAAAGAUUAGUGUGGCACGUAGUAAAGUUGUAAUCAGCAGUCCUUUGUCGAUUCUUCACAACAUUGCGAUGCAAGACCAGAACAUCAGCAGGUUGCAAAGCCUAGGAUUUGUAGACUUGUUGAAGCCAUUUGUGAACUCACCACAAGAGAAAAAUCGACUUUCUGCUGUGGCAACAUUAGCAGACAUUGUUGAUGAACAGCAGAGCGAGAUUAUUCGGGCAGAUGAAGACAUAAUGAAAUUCAUCAAAAGUUGUUUGAUACGGGCAAUGAAGGACAAGAGCAGAAGGACGAUUGGAUGGAGCCCACAGGAACUAGCCAGAACUGUAAGAAGAAUUGCUCGAAAUGAUGCCAACAAACGGGCUUUGGUAGAGAAAGGGAUAAUCCCUCCACUGGUCAAGCUGGCAGAGAGUGAGGAUGUCUUGGAACAGAGAGAGGCUGUUGGUGCUAUGUGGACCCUAUCCUUCGAUGAGGAAAAUCAGAAAGACAUGAUCCAGGAUAAUGAGUGUAAACCAGUGGACACUUUCAUACGCCUGCAGCAUUCACCCGAUAAGGAAGUAAGAAAAACUUGCAAUGGUGCACUAUGGACAAUGCGAGACAGAUUGGCACAAUCAGAGAACUACAAAGACGUUGGACAAAAAUACAUGUCUCCCCAGGGGAGUCCUGCCCAUGUUGCUUUAAGUGGUAAGGAAGAAUUCAAGUCUGAAGGCCAUAUCAUGAUCAGCUACCAGUGGGGUAACCAAAACAUGUUAAAGAGGAUCCGUGAUGGUUUACGUGCCAACGGAUUCAAAGUUUGGAUGGACAUUGAUGACAUGGAAGGAUCUACACUGGAUGCAAUGGCACGUGCUGUGGAAAAUGCCGAUGUUGUUCUUGUCUGCUUUUCACAGAAGUACAAAGACAGUGACAACUGUAGAGCUGAGGCUGAAUAUGCUUUUCAAAAGAAGAAAAAGAUUAUUCCACUAAAAAUGGAACAAAACUACAAACCAGAUGGCUGGCUAGGUUUUAUCUGUGGUGCAAAACUUUUCUUUGAUUUUGGGGGAAAAUAUUCCUUUGAGUCUCGUAUGGAGGGUUUAGUGAAGGAACUCUUUUCUAAACAAAACAAGGAUGUGACUGACGGUGUCAUCAUUCCAGAGACUGUGUCUGUUGUGGCUGGUGCACCUGUUGCCAAGGAUCAAACUGUGGCGCCUGUGUACAGUAGACCACCACCUGCUGGUGUCAGCCAUGUUUCCAUGGCAUCAGUGGAUUCAGUGAAAAAGUGGAAUGACAAAGAUGUUGACAAAUGGAUGGCAAAACACAGCCUAUCUGUGCAACAUGUAAAAAAGAUGACUGGUUUAGAAAUAGCGUUCCUGAUGUUGCUCAAGAUGGAGUCCCCAGAUUUCUUCUACAAGGUUAUAACUGACACUCUGAAGAUCACAAAUCUUCUAACUAUUGCACAGAUCAGAUUCGCAUUGGAUGACACAACGCUCUAG